AUGGACCUGAUUGAUGACUCGGUUUUCGGAACUAGCGAUACAGGAGUUGUCUCAGAUGUUUGUUACGAUCAAGGUUACGGAAGCAACUUGGAUUUCCUGACAGAGCCGAGUUAUGGCAUCGGAACCGAGCCAAGUUAUGAAACAAAGAAUGAAGAUUCGCCGAUUUCGUACGGAAAUGGAAACAAUUUCUUGAGUUAUGGACAGCCACAAGAAGUGAACAUCUAUGGAAACAAUCUUCAAUACAGCCAAAAUCAGAAUCAACAAACUAACCAGCACUUACACCAUCAACAGAAUCAGUUGUUUCCGGAGCAGAAGAAUGAGCCCGAGCCUGAAGAAGUGAGGUUAGAGGAUGAUCCAGAAUUUCAGAACAGUAAACCUCAAGUGACAAUUUCCAACGUCGUUACAAAUUUCCGCUGUCGUUGCCACCUUAAUCUACGAGUCAUUGCCCAGAAAACAAAACAUGUAAUUUACAAACGCGACCAGGGAAAGCUGAUGAUGAAAAUGCGCACUCCUCCGAUGAUGGCGAAUAUUUGGUCGUCUGGGAAAGUGGUUUGCCAAGGGGCGAAAUCGGAGCAAGACGCCAAAAAAGGAUCAAGAACCUUCGCGCGGAUGAUCCAACAAUCCGGCUUCCCAAACGUAAAAGUCUCAAACUACAAAGUUGUCAAUGUCCUGGGCAAUUGUCGAGUACCCUUUGCGCUGGAUAUUAUGCAGUUUUCAGUGGAUAACUCUGGACCAAACCUUACUUACGAACCAGAGCUUCAUCCCGCUGUAAAUUUCAGACCUGGAAACGGAGCAACUCUCAAAAUCUUCAGUACUGGAGCGUUAACGAUCCUUGGAAAGAACGUCGAAACAGUGGAGAAAGCUCUGGAAAUGAGCUACCCUCUGCUGUACCCUUACCGACGUGAUUCCCAGCAAGAUGAAAAUGAAGUCGAGAAAGACCUCGUAAACGGACAAGAAGAAUUCGAUGGAUUCAUUGAGCGAUGUAGAAGCGGACAGAGAUUCCUGAAAAGAAUUAUGCUUGAAAAAUAA